ACCUUUCUCUGAUUCAGUUAUCAUCUCUGACCAAACGUUUCUCUCUCUUUCUCUCUCUCACACUUUCUCGGAAAAUUUACAACCAUUCCUAGAAAAUUACAAAAAAAAAACACAGCUAUUUUUUAACUCAUCUAAAAAAAUUUCGUUAACCAUCGUCUCCUUCUUCUCCCCUAUUUCUACUUUAACCAUCCACAACUUUCUCCUCCUCCUCCUUCUCCUUGGGAUGAUCUUCAUCUUCAUGAUUUGAUUAGUCACAUAACCUUUAAGAAUCAAUGAUGAAUGACCUUCUUCUAAGGUCAGUUCUCACCAGAUUCUGUUUUCUUGGAGAAAUCUGAGAAAAAUUUUAAAGGUUAUUUCACUAAUCUGAAUCUCAAUAACCGGGAAAAAUCUCGAUAACCGGAGGACUAAUUCUCGAUAACCGGGACCAAAACCCGUUUAAUUCGUGUCACGUGAGUAAAUGACUCGUCACGUGAUUCUGAAAUCGCCGUCGGAAGAAUCACCGACGAUGAGGAACUUAUCUUCUCCACCGACGUCGUUGAGUAAAGAGAGGAGAAAAGUUGGGGAAGUAGCGGGAGGAGCGGCGGCGGAGUGUGCGGCGGUGUGGUGUUGUUGUCCAUGUGCGGUUGUGAAUCUGAUGGUUUUGGCCGUGUAUAAAGUUCCGGCGGCGGUUUGUAAAAAAGCUUGGAGACGAAGCAAACGACGACGUUUUACGAGGAAACGGCAUGGUUUGCUUGCGUCAGCUACGGCGGAAGGGAGCGAGAGCACCGUACACGCUAGAUUGAAGGAAGAUGAUCUGACGGCUGAGAUUGUUUUUGAGGAAUGUCACGUGAGUGGUGGUGAUUUAAACGACGUCGUUAGGCUUGAGAAUGAGAUGUUGGAACGUUUCUAUGGGGCUGGGUUUUGGAGAAGCCCGUCACAGAGGGACACGUCAUCAGGAAGCUUUUGAAUUCUUUCUUCUUCAAAUUAUGAAUCUUUUGGGGUUUUUAUUUUGUUUUUGUUUGAGGGAAUUAAUAGUAAUUUAUUUACUUAUUUUUAAAAAUUAUGUAAUUUCAUAUGUUUAUGUGGGUAUGUGAAUAGGAGAACAUAGCUUCUUUUAUACCAUUUUUUAAUUCUUUUACAACAUUUGUCGUAAAUGUAACUUUUUCUCA